GCUAAUGCGGGGGUAACAUGCGGGCUAUUCUUCGCUGCGGCAGUCAUUCAUAAGAGGAUGGGCAGAUAUAUAUAAAUGUUCUUGUUACAGAAUAGGAAGCUGAGUGAGGCUGCCUUGACAGCUCUACUAGAGGAACAUCGCGACGCGGGGGCAACGUCAGACUAUAAGCCGAAUCGGAACUCACAGGAGGGUGUGAAGUGUCCCGCUUUACUCUGUUUUGUGGCAGUAUGAAUAAGUUAUUAGUUUUCAGCAUUUAUAGGUCUUGAAAUGGAUAUCUUUUCUUUUGCUUCCCUCCCGCCUUCGUCCCAGGCCUGACUUUGGUCCGUAGGUAACGCCAGAAGACUUUGUAGAUUUUGUUGCCUUGUUUUUUUUCUGUAUCUUAAUACUUGCGAAUAUAUUUGCGAUGACGUUAGUAACGAAAGCAGAUAUCCGGCUUCAUCUAUUGUGCAUCUUCUUUGCGGUUGGCUCAUUCGUUUGGGGGUAUAAUGUCGGUAUCCUUUCGUCUGUUCUUGUUCAUCCCGGGUUCAUUAAGAUCAUGGGUCACCUUACUCCGUCACGAAAAGGGGUGAUUACCGCUAUUUAUUACCUUGGAACUUGCUAUGUUUUCAUCUCCCAUCCGGCGAGUGAUCUCUUUGGGCGGCGCUACGCGGCUCUGACCGGCAUUCUCAUCGUCGCCGUCGGCAAUGCUUUUGAGUGUGGUGCAACAGGGUCCGGAGCAUAUGCCAUGAUGAUUAUAGGCCGCAUAAUAUCGGGUAUUGGCGUAGGAAUGCUAUCGACUUCUGUUCCAUUGUAUCAAAGUGAGGUGGCCCCGGCCGGCAAACGCGGAAAAUACGUCGUUUUGAACCACGUCGGUUUCGUUGGCGGUUUAGCAGCUGGGUUCUGGGUCGGAUAUGCUGUGACUUUCUGGAACACCACGGAACACGACUUAUUUGUCUCCUGGCGCGUUUCUCUCGCCGUUGUACUAAUCCCAUGCUUCAUCUUUGGAGUCGGACUUCCGUUUCUCCCUGAGACUCCGCGCUGGCUCAUUGAGCACGGUCACUACGACGCGGCGCAUAAGUCAUUGUAUUGGCUGCGUGAAGGUAGUUUCACGGAGCUAGAGAUCGAUGCCGAGUUGAUGCGCAUCAAGGAGGACGUAGAGGUGCACCAUACAUCAAGAGAAGCAAACUGGCUGUCCUUGUUCAGAGAUCGAGGCUUGUUCGAGCGCCUAUGGCGCGCAUCCCUGCUCCAAUUCAUGGCACAGAUGUGCGGCGCUACAGCUAUGAAAUACUACUUGCCGACGCUUUUUGCAAAACUUGGCUUACCCACGAGAGUGACAUUACUAGCUGGAGGUAUCGAGUCGACACUAAAGAUCGGCAUGACGGUUAUCGAGAUGUUCCUCAUCGACCACCUCGGCCGUAGGGUGACGCUGACUGCAGGUUGCGUUGCGAUGGGGUUUAGCAUGUUGAUCAAUGGGGUGCUGGGACAGGUUUAUCCGGACAACACGAAUAAAGCCGCCGACGUGGUUUGUAUUGUGUUCAUCUUUGUUUACGCUCUUGGAUAUAGUAUGGGUUUUGGCCCAGCAGCUUGGGUAUACGGCUCCGAGAUAUUCCCAACUUCUGUCCGAGCGCGUGGGCUUAACUUUUCCGCAUCAGGCGGAGCUAUUGGCUCCAUUGUCGUAGCCCAAGUUUGGCCUGUUGGCAUUGAUACAAUUGGCUCCAAUAUCUAUUUCUUCUUUAUGGCAGUCAACUUUGUCUGCAUCCCUAUCAUCAUCCUCUUCUACCCCGAGACAAAGGGACGACCGUUGGAGGACAUGGACCUGCUAUUCAACAAGGCUAUCAGGGGGGUCGGGGAAGACGUUGACGAACAUUCCGAACCGGUGCUACCUAAGAAUGUUGGCCGUCCAUCGCAGAGCUGA